AUGAGUUUAAAGAACGCCAAGGUUCUCAUCCUUAAUGCAGGAUUCAAUCAUCCACCAAUGGCUAAAGGAAAACUUAACGAGGCUCUUGCUAAUGAUAUUGAGAAGUAUCUCAAGACUAAAGGCCAUGAAACUAAGAUUACUCAUAUGGAACAGGGCUACAAAGUUGAAGAAUAG